UAUCCGGUUCUGCGGAAGAAAACAGAAGGCAGCUAACGCAAGCUAAUCAGAAACUGCAAUUAGAAGCUUAUCAGCACAGGGGAAUAUAUCAGCACCUAGUAACUUACAUCAUUAAGAAACACAGUUAUAUUUCAGUACAGUUCGCCUUCUGAUUAAGUAUAAUUGUCAUUUAGACCACAUGUUGACAAGACCAAUUGACAUUGAUCAGCAGUUGAAGCAAGGUUUGGGCAGAAACUGGAAGCGACGGGCUUCACUGCUCAUGCGAAAGAGAGAGCAAAUAGUAACGUUAGCUGAAACACAGAUCAAAGACUAACGUUACGUUUUUGGUCAUAUCACGACUCUACGGUAGAGUAAUUGUAAUUAAUCAUAUUCCUUGUGGGUGCUAGAGACGCUUUUCGAGAAAUACUCUAUUGUCUUGGAAUAGAUCAACGUUCAUAUAGAGAAUGAACCACCUGUCCCUCAGUGAGCUCUGCUGCCUGUUCUGCUGCCCGCCGUGCCCUGGCAAGAUCGCCUCCAAGCUGGCCUUCCUGCCGCCGGAGCCCACCUACUCGCUGAUGUGCGACGAGAGCGGCAGCCGCUGGACGCUGCACCUGUCGGAGCGCGCCGACUGGCAGUACUCGGCGCGCGAGAAGGAUGCCAUCGAGUGCUUCAUGACGCGCACGUCACGCGGCAACCGCAUCGCCUGCAUGUUUGUGCGUUGCUCGCCAAGCGCGCGCUACACGUUGCUCUUCUCGCACGGCAACGCCGUGGACCUGGGCCAGAUGAGCAGCUUCUAUAUCGGCCUGGGUUCGCGCAUCAACUGCAACGUCUUCUCCUACGACUACUCGGGCUACGGCGCCAGCUCAGGCAAGCCCUCCGAGAAGAACCUGUACGCAGACGUGGACGCUGCUUGGCACGCACUUCGAACAAGGUACGGUGUCCGACCGGAGAAUGUUAUUGUGUACGGCCAGAGCAUCGGCACGGUGCCGUCGGUGGACCUGGCGUCUCGGUACGAGAGCGCUGCUGUCAUCCUCCACUCCCCCCUCACCUCUGGUAUGCGUGUGGCCUUCCCCGACACCAAGAAGACCUACUGCUUCGACGCCUUCCCCAACAUUGACAAGAUCUCCAAGGUGACGUCUCCAGUCCUGGUGAUCCACGGUACGGAGGACGAAGUGAUUGACUUCUCCCACGGCCUGGCCCUGUACGAGCGCUGCCAGCGGCCGGUCGAGCCCCUGUGGGUGGAGGGUGCCGGCCACAACGACGUGGAGCUUUACGGACAGUACCUGGAGCGCUUGAAACAGUUUGUGGCCCAUGAGCUGGUGAACUUGUAGAAGGACUCCAUAACGCUGCAAGCACCCUGUGGGCUCAACUUAAGCAACUGUGAACUUCAGAAAGCAUUUUUUUCUCUUGUUUUUCUUUGAAUUUUUUUUAAUGAUUUUUAUCUUUUCUAUUGUUGUACGUUGCGAUGCACAGUGGUUGUUGGAGACAACAUUUCAUUCAAGAUGUGUGUUUUUUUUCUUUCUUUCUUUCUUUCUUUCUUUCUUUCUUUCUUUUUUUUGCAAGUGGCCUUCUUGCUGCCUUUCAGAGGACUCGUUGAUCCACGGUAACAACCCUUGACCUCUUCUUGGGAUGGCAUGUGCAGGUCGACUAUGCUGGAACUAGCACCAGUCAGUAUCCUGUGAUCCCAAUGACGAUGGAACCAGAAACCAUUCUGUCGCAGUCACUGGUUCUUCUUGCAGUUCUGUUUUGUUCUUCUUAUAUGCUUUUUGGUGUUCUAAAUGACUGAGUACUGUACGAAAGUCAAAACAAAACGAAAUGAAAUGAAAAAAAAAAAAAAACCCUGACAUACAUGGUUGCUGUGCCAGUGUUGCCAAAUCCUCUGCAUAUCAAAGCAACGAUAUGUGAAUUCAGAUGUCUCAUUUUGUAUGAACAUGUUUAUAGAAAUAGCCAUCUAGAAAUAUUUUUUCUUUCUCUUAAAAUGGUAUUUUUUCCCCUUAGUUUGUACAUGAAAGAAACAAACUACAGCUCCAAAACUAGAUGACGGUCCUGUCUUAGAGAUUUGAGAAAUGCUGGACAUUAAAAACAACAGCUAUUCCAUGUUAUGCAAUCGUACGUCCUGCCCAUCCUGUGAUCGCCUGCAGACACCAAGAGUAGAAGUUCACAGAACGAUGUCCCAGUGUGGCUGCUCCAGAAGCUUUGUUGCACGUCUCACACACAACAACAGAUGACAUCACAUUAUGUGCUAUCACUAAAGUAGCUUCGUAGGAAAACAGAGUGAGAAUGAGAGUGUGGCAAGGUGUAGCCUUCAUCCUUGUUUUUGCACAUUUGUCUGUAACGUCAUUUCAGCUUGUUGGUUUUAGACAGCGAGGGUGCUGUAAACCUGUACCUCUGUUAAAAAUCACUUGACGUCAAAGCAUCAAGAUAAUAUUAACUACUCAGAGUUGAUCAAUAAUACUGCACUAGAUGCUCAGAGAACCCAUAUGUUAUUAUUAUUAUUAUUAUUAUUAGGCAGUUGUCUUUGCCAAUGUCGCUGUCUGAAAAGUAUAGAUGGACAUGUUGUAUUGUUAAUAGAUGAGUAGCUGAGAUGAGGUAUGGGGGAUUUUUAGACAGAAAUGUUUGAUGUUUGAAGCCUCAUAAAAACAUUACUUUCUUGACAAACUUGACAUGAAAUUGCUUGUUAUCUAUCCAUUUCCAUUUUACAAGUGAUGCAUUUUUUUAACUAUUAUUUCAUCCUUAACUGUAUUAUCGAGUAGUAAUAAUGAUAAAGGCAGUUGUUAUUACUGUUUAUCAUCCUCAUUAAUAUUGUUACUGAUAUAGCUGUUAAUUGAAUAUUCUUUAAAAUAUAAUUGGACUAAUGUUGAACUACACACUUCAAACUUUCAUCCUGUGUUUUUUUUUUUUUUUUUUUUUGUAAGCUGCGUUUCAUUAUUGAAGGAACUUAUAAUAUGAAAUAAUACUGACUAUAGUUACUACAGAUGGAUACAGGAAAUAAAAAACAGUUUAAACAAA